CUCAACAGUCAUCGUGUCAGCUCCAGGGCUCGGUGCUCGAUUCCGGGUGUCAAUGGGAGUUCCGCGUCGACGCAGGUCCGUGAAACCGAUGGGAGACUGGGAGCGGGAGAGGCCGACGCCCCGUGCGCUUUGACCAAGUCACACACUUUUACAAGUUGACAUUCAACAUUCAUACUUCAUCUAAGUUUGUGUUCUUGUACCGGUUCCGUGUUCCAGGCUGUAAUGGCACACAUGCCGCAGUCUUGGUAGAAUGAUGGCGCGAGUCUUGGUAGAAUGAUGCUAUAGCCACGGGACGAUGACAUGAUACCUAUGUUACCGCUGCACGAACGCGCGGUGCACAUCUUCUUCUUGCGGAGGCUUGCACAAGAGAGGGUGCCGGGCCUAAGCAAAGGCGAGACGUAUGGCGACUUGCUUACUGCGGAGGUGGUGCGGCUGUACAUCCGCCCAGCGACGGCGCAGGUCAAAACCUGCUAUGCGGAGGCGCUCGUGACCGGGCAGGUGCCGCCCAAGCACCUGUUCCCAUGGUGCACGAGCGCCACCGUCGUGGACCUGGACGGUGUGUCACAACAGGCGUUCGGUUCCACGGUGUAUUUUUCAUCCCACGCCUGGAACUGCCGCUUCUCAGCGCUGGUGGGGCUGUUGGACCAGCACUACUCCUCGCUGUCGGGCUCAAAAUGCGGAGCGCGUUUCCUGCCCGUGUACUACUGGCUGGACAUCUUCGCGGUGACGCAGCACUUCGAGGGAAACUUCAAGGACCACCCUGACGCCGACUUUCGAGGCGUUAUCCGGACUGCUAAGUCGGUGCUAUUCACCAUGAUCCCGUGAGUUGAAACGUGGCAAGGGAUAUAGUACUUGCCC